CCAGGUUGCAAAGAAAUGGAAGUGGCUGCAACUGCAGAGGAAUCGGUUCAGUUACAGCCAGUGAAACUGCCGGAGCCUUGGGCAGAAAUCACCUGGGAGGUGACACUAGACUCAGCAGAGAGGUAUCGGAUUGUAACAUUUAAUAAAGGGGAACCCGCUGACCUUGGGUCAUCUCCACAUUUUAUCAACAGAGUAACUUUCCACCCUGAGAAUCUCUCACUGCAGAUUGAUCCCGUUAAGAAGUCAGACGGUGGCCUCUAUACCUUGAGAAUUGACAUUGGAGGAGGCCGUGGAGACAUCACAAAGUUCCAUGUCUCUGUGUUUGACCGAGUGCGGCAGCCAAACCUCACGGUGCUCUCUGUCCACCCGGAGCUCGGCCAGUGCAACGUUACCCUGUCCUGCUCGGUGCCUGGCGCUGACAGAGUCACCUACAGCUGGUCCCGAAGCACGUCCCGGAUCCCGUCUGAGAGGGACCAUCAGCUCCCUGGGAGCCAAUCCCUGCUGCACGUAGUGAUUAAUACAGACAGCAGUGACGUCUUCUACAGAUGUAACGCUAGUAACCGAGCCAGCUGGGCCGCAGACACUGCAGAUGUCAAACCAUUGUGCGACUCCCCAGCCACAGACUUUUUUCAGAAAGUCCCACUGUGGGCAAUUGUUGCUGCAGGUCUGGGGCUGCUGCUUCUGCUCAUGGCGCUUGCCCUCAUCUUCCUCUGCAAGCAUCGGAAAAAGCGAAGCUCCUCCAAAGACAGUGACUCGCCCUUCACCAUCUAUGAGGAAGUGGAGGGCUCCCGCUCCAGAGGAAAUGCAAAUGGAAAUGCCCAGAGCAGAAUUGUAGGAAACACCAUCUACGCUGAGAUCAACUCCAACCCCCAAGACUAA